AAACCACCACUUUUCGAUCCCGCUCAUUCAGGUUUCUCUCACUAACCUGCCAACUUCAGUUUCUUUACGCAACCAAGGCCUGACUGACCGUAUUGCACGCGACACAAUCGCGACAAGCCGCUCUCCAACCAAUCAUACUCGCAACAUGUCGUCUGUGGUGAACGAGGGGGAGAAGCCCCAAGAGGCCGCUCAGGAGCAACAGGAGGAGGAGCAGCAGCAGCAGCAGCAGCAAGAGCAGCAGAACGCGGGAGACGAUGUCAACGAUGAUGAGGUGCGCCAGCUCCGGCCCAAGCCCAGCGAUACGAUCCACCGUGAGGAGAUCUCGGCCAUGAAGCGCCGUGUCGCCGAGAUGGAAGAGGAGGCUGCCAAACUCCGCGAGAUGCAAGCUAGUCUGGACCAACAGCAUCACGAGCUCACCGAGAACAAGGAGGAUAUCGACAGUCGGAGCAUCUUUGUCGGAAACGUCGACUAUUCGGCUUCGCCUGAGGAGAUCCAGGCGCACUUCCAGAGCUGCGGGUCCAUCAACCGUGUCACCAUCCUCCUCGACAAGUUUACCGGUCAACCCAAGGGUUACGCGUAUGUCGAAUUCACCGAGCCUAGCCUAGUCGCACAAGCCCUUGUUCUCAACGAGAGUGUCUUCAAGGGCCGCAACAUCAAGGUCGUCCCCAAGCGCACGAAUAUUCCCGGCAUGUCGCGCGGCGGUCGAGGCGGUCGAGGUUCCUUCCGCGGAGGCGGUCGCGGGGGCUAUUUCGGUGGACGGGGCGGUUUCCCUCCUAGGGGAGGCUACCGUGGCGGCUACCGUGGACGCGGCCGAGGAGGCUACGCUCCUUACUAGUUGUUUUUUUGGUGGUGGUCUGACAUACGGCACAGGAUCCCGCAUCCAUCAGGACAAUCAGAGCCGUAUGCGGCCCCUCUCUGACAUCCGCAGACACUACCUGGAAUUGUGAAGAUGGGCUCGAUCUCAUCUGAGCUGGUACCACUAUCAGGCAACCCGGUGUACGUGUUGCUCAUGAUUCAUGGGAACGUUUUUUUCCCUUUUGAUGGCUGUAAGAUUAGGAUAUAUCAGCAGGGAAGAGGAGGACACUUGAAUGGUGGAGGAAAGGAAGGGUUCGUUGUCUUGGCCUGUUUUUGCACCAUGGGAGCAAUGGGAUUUUCAAAGUUUUCAUUUUGGCUGCGCGUAUCGGCAAGGCGUCAAUGGGUGGGAGGGUAAAACGAAGGAAAACGCCAAUUCCAUAUGCUCUUUUAUUUCUUCUUCGUUUAUUCAUGUCACGUUCAAUUUUUGUAUUUGAUAUUUGGCAUAAGCGCCGUCUACUACUUUUCGGUUCGACAUUUGCUACGGCUAUGUCUGCUCAGGGGAAUCAUCAGCGAAGUUGCUUAAUAUGGGCUGUCUGUUACCGCUAGCCAUCACCACAUAAUGACUAGCUUUGGCAACAAUUGAAGCUAUCACUUGAUACUUCA